GGCGGGAGGGGGGGUCCCUGGCUUGCUCCAUUGGUGUCAAUACAAAAGAGGGAGCCGAGCGCAGCGCAGCGAGACGGAGCGAGCCUCCUGCUGAAUCAGGGACAUGGACAUGAAGAAAAGGAUCCACUUAGAGCUGCGGAACAGGACGCCCUCCGACGUUAAAGAACUUGUUCUCGACAACUGUAGAUCAAAUGAAGGCAAAAUUGAAGGUCUGACAGAUGAAUUUGAAGAGCUCGAAUUCUUAAGUACAAUCAACGUAGGCCUCACCUCAGUUGCAAACUUACCAAAGUUAAACAAGCUUAAGAAGCUCGAGUUAAGCGACAAUAGAAUCUCAGGAGGACUGGAAGUAUUGGCAGGAAAAUGUCCGAACCUCACACACCUAAACCUAAGUGGCAACAAAAUAAAGGAUCUCAGUACAAUAGAACCUCUGGAAAAGUUAGAAAACCUGAAGAGUUUAGAUCUUUUCAAUUGCGAGGUAACUAACUUGAACGACUACAGAGACAACGUCUUCAAACUCCUCCCGCAACUCACGUAUCUCGACGGAUACGACCGGGAUGAUAAAGAGGCCCCCGAUUCAGAUGCUGAGGGCAAUGCGGAAGGCUUUGAUGACGAUGAGGAGGAGGAAGAUGAAGAGGAAUAUGACGAAGAUGCUCAGGUAGUAGAAGAUGAGGAAGAUGAGGAUGAAGAAGAGGAAGGAGAAGAGGAGGAUGUAAGCGGGGAAGAUGAGGAGGAUGAAGAAGGGUUCAACGAUGGUGAAGUAGAUGAUGAAGAGGAGGAAGAAGAAGCUGAAGAAGAAAAAGGACAGAAGAGAAAACGAGAACCUGAUGAUGAAGGAGAAGAAGAUGAAGAUGAUUAAACUCAAAAUAAUCUGUUGUGGGGAGGGGGUGGGGAAUAAAUUUCCUACUGUGAUUUGACUGUUUCUACCCUGUAUUUCACCCCUCCCCCCCUCCCCGGAGUGUAACGUUGCUGUGGGAUCGAGCGGGACAUGCAUAAUUGGGCGGGCGAAGGAAUUAAAAUAUCAUUUUUUAAAAAAAAACACAACAACAACCUGCCACUCUUACUUUUUGUUCCUGAAUAAUUUCCUUUUGUGCCCAUUAUUAGUUCCUGUUAAUGCAAUAACAAAUAUAAAGCAAGUGGUGAAUUUGUUUCUUGGAGUGGAUCAUUCUGGACACAACUUGAGUUUUGUUUUGUUUUUGAAAAGACGAGCGAGUAAAUUUCCACAUGUGAUGCAAAGGUGAGAUCUUUGGGGUCCUGAGAAUGGCUUUUGCCAGCCUCUAGGCAUUUUUUCUUCUACUUCUUCUGGAUGCAGCAAUUUUUUUGCGGUGAAAGCAUUCCAGCCACAGCAGCGGGGGUGCAAGCAGCAUCUUGAUAAAGUGUUUUUCUUUGUUGCCUGUUUGUGAAUGGCUGCCGUUCCCAGGAAAACAACACACACACACACACACACACACAAUUUCCUCCACUUCCUGUAGGUAUCUUUUUACUUUCGCUGUUUGUAAAUAGUGACCAAAUACGUAAUCUCUUUCCCUGACUCCUGGCCCUUUACCACCAUUUGAUUUGGUUUGGGGUGGUGACUUUGCAAAUCUUCCGUUGUGGGUUUCCCCCAUACUUGUUAUUAUUAUUUUUUAGAGCACAAACCACCCCCUGAGGGGAAUCUUCCUUGAUUUGGAGAUGGCCGGGCAGACAUUGAUUCCCCUUGAGUUGUGCCCUUUCUUUAUUUCAGGUAUAUGGAAAAGUUCUCUGUCAACGGCAGUCAUUGAAAUAUAUAUAUAAAAAUAUAUAUAAAAAGUGUUCCUAAUUUCCUGAGUUAACUGGUGAAAUGAAUCUGACAGUUGUAAUAAAAAAGAAAAUGUUUGAACCCUUUUAACUAAGGUGUGUACUAUUUUGGUCUGUAAAAUAUUAUAUAUAUAGAUAUAUUAACACCUCCUUAAUGAUAAGUGAAUGAGAAUCUGUUUCCACUUGUGCUCUGUAAUACUCUUGAAGAUUUUUACAAACCUUUAAAUACUGGAGGGGGGUGGGAGACGGACAAUGCCGCAUGUCUAGCCUAGGCUGGUUUCCUUUCGUACACUCAAGCACGGAAUGCUAAUUGCAAAAGUUGUAUUUUCUUACCAUGUUGCGAAGUCAUUUAAAUUGACUGUGCAACAUUCCUAGUUGAAUGUACAGUUUUAAUUUCAUAUCCCUCUUUAAAAAGAUAGUUAGAAGUGACUUGUAUUUCCUAGUCAAUAUCUCACCUGUGUAUAAAAGACAAAAGCAAAAAAAAAAAAAAGAAUAUUGCAACCUUCCCUCUUGCUCCCCAAAGAGCCAAACUUUUUCAGUUUUAUGUCUUGUUUGUCAUUGAUGAAUUUCAAUAAAUCUUUUUAUACAA